AUGCCUACAUCAUGGAAAGGAAGAAUGAGGGAACAAUGGAACAACAGCGGCCAACUGGCAAAUUGCAACCGUUACAUUGUACGUACAAUAGCCUUGAUGUUUGAUUGGUAA